AUGCUUCCCACGUCCAAAACGGCCUGGGUGCGCAACAUUCUGCAGGGGAUUUCGGAGCAGGAGUCGAUCUUGUACAACGACGAUGAUCCCAAGGCAGGCUUCAUACUGCUGCCCGACAUGAAAUGGGACCGCCGCUCCCUUUCGUCUCUGUACCUUGUGGCAAUUGUACGUGACGAAUCCCUCAAGACCUUGCGCGAUCUGAGGAAAGAGCACAUCCCUCUUCUCCGUAAUAUCCAGACGGCUGGCGCGCAAAUUGCCCGUGACACUUUUGGCCUACCGCCUGCGAGUACUGAUGGGUCAGCAACGCCACUGAGAUGCUUUUUGCACUAUAUGCCGACCUACUUCCACUUGCACGUCCAUUUGCUGUCGGCGAACUUUACGUCGCACCCUGGCGCCCUUGUGGGCCAAGCUCAUCUUCUGGAAGACGUAAUCAGUCUGCUAGAGUUGGGUGUUUCGUUUUCUGAUCGGACUUUGGGGUACGCUAUGGCGGAUGGACAUCCGCUCCUGCAUGCCCUGCAGGAGGCAGGCUAUGCGAAGUAA